GCGCUCACCCCGCCCCUUCGCGCUGGGCUGUCGGCGGUGGCGCGGCCGGAGGGGAGCGGGUGCAGGGGCACGGCCGCCAUCAUGGUGCCUCGCCGGGUGUUCGUGGUGGGCGUUGGCAUGACCAAGUUUGCAAAGCCUAGUGAGCGCAUGGAUUAUCCUGACAUGGCUAAGGAGGCAGGCCAAAAAGCUUUAGCUGAUGCUGGGAUUCAUUACUCAGAAGUGGAGCAAGCAUGUGUGGGUUAUGUUUACGGUGAUUCGACCUGUGGACAACGGGCAAUCUAUCAUGGUUUGGGUUUGACUGGCAUUCCUAUCAUUAAUGUUAACAACAACUGUGCUACUGGAUCAACUGCUUUGUUCAUGGCCAGACAAUUAGUAGAAGGAGGUUUGGCAGACUGUGUUCUGGCCCUUGGCUUUGAGAGGAUGGCAAAAGGAUCCCUUGCCUCAGGUUUUUCAGACAGAACUAAUCCAAUUGACAAACACUUGGAAGUUAUGAUAAAUAAAUAUGGGUUAGCAAGUGCUCCUGUAGCACCUCAGAUGUUUGCAAAUGCUGGCAAAGAACAUAUGGAGAAAUAUGGGACAAAUCCGGAAUACUUUGCAAAAAUUGCAUGGAAGAAUCAUAGCCAUUCAACCAACAACCCGUAUUCCCAGUUCCAACAGGAGUACACAUUAGAUGAAGUUCUGCAUUCUCGCAAGAUUUUUGAUUUCUUGACUGUCUUACAGUGUUGUCCAACAUCAAAUGGUGCUGCAGCUGCAGUUUUGGCUAGUGAGGAGUUUGUGAAAGGGCACAAGUUGCAGCCACAGUCUGUGGAAAUUCUAGCCCAGGUGAUGGCUACUGAUUAUCCAAGCACGUUUGAAGAAAACAGUUGUAUGAAGAUGGUUGGCUAUGAUAUGACUAAAAAAGCUGCUGAAAAGUGUUUUGAAAAAGCAGGCCUAAAACCUGCAGAUGUUGAUGUGAUCGAACUUCAUGACUGUUUCUCAGUUAAUGAGUUCAUCACCUACGAAGCGCUGGGACUCUGUCCAGAAGGAAAAGCAUGUGACCUGAUUGACAGAGGAGAUAACACUUAUGGAGGAAAAUGGGUUAUUAAUCCUAGCGGUGGCUUGAUUUCCAAGGGACAUCCACUUGGUGCUACAGGCCUGGCGCAGUGCGCCGAACUCUGCUGGCAGCUGCGCGGCCUGGCCGGGCGGCGGCAGGUCCCCGGGGCAAAGGUCGCGCUGCAGCACAACCUGGGCCUCGGCGGGGCCGCGGUGGUGACGCUGUACGGCAUGGGCUUCCCGGGACACCGCAGCACCGGCCGUAUUGAGGCUGUGCCUCUCAGCGCAGAAGUGGAUGGAUUUAAGUCACAUUUGGUCUUCAAAGAGAUUGAAAAGAAGCUCGAAGAGGAAGGAGAGCAGUUUGUCAAGAAAAUUGGUGGAGUCUUUGCCUUCAAAAUAAAAGAUGGUCCUGAUGGGAAAGAAGCAACUUGGAUAGUAGAUGUGAAAAAUGGCAAAGGCUCCGUAGCAGUUAAUUCAGAUAAGAAGGCGGAUUGUACAAUUACAAUGGCAGACACUGAUCUGUUAGCCCUCAUGACUGGCAAAAUGAAUCCUCAGACAGCAUUCUUUCAAGGCAAAUUGAAGAUCUCUGGGAACAUGGGCAUGGCAAUGAAACUUCAGAAUCUACAGCUUCAGCCAGGCAAAGCUAAACUUUGAGCUCCUUAGAGAAAACAGUUAGUACUUGAUAUUCUUCACAAUGAAAAGUAGAAUGAAACUAGGCAUUAUCAAUAACAUGGUGCAGGCUGGGUUUGAUUGGACCUCUCUCAUCUAAAUUAUGUGGUUAGAGACCUUAAUUCUCUUAAUAUAUUCCAUCAGUUUCUCUAUGGCAAAGAGUUUUAAGCUAAGCUUGAGGCACUAACUCUUACAAAUGGUAUAUGGUGGGUAUUUGUGACAAUUCUGUUUUAAUCAAUAUGGAAAGAGCUGAAUGAGGCUGCUUUACUGUUCAGCUUAGUUGGGAAGAGAGGGAGGAAGGUGAUAGUUUGACAUAUCAGUUAACAUUAGUUGCAUAUUUUUGAAGCUGUAAUAAUGCUUUCAGACUUCCAUUCUAGCAAAUUUGUUGCUGCUUAAAUUAACGUGGUCUUGUACAGGGGAUCUGUAACAGCAUUUUUUUUAGAACAGGCUUUAGGAAUUUGCUAUAAAAUCCUUUUCUUAUUACUUCUUUGGAAUUAAAAAAAGAAACAAAAUAGCCAGAAGUAAGGAGGAGCUAGAGUGCUGCGUUGAGAUUCACGGGAUUGUAGUACCUUUCACCUUGGACAAAAUAUCAGGUUUGCCAGGAGAGCAGAGAGGGGGUAUAACCAGUGUUUUACCUGCUUCCUCCUGAGAAAAUCUGGUGUUGAUCAUUAUGAAAUGUAACAGCUUUAAGUUCUGUUUUGGGAAAAUGUAUUCUGGUUGGAGGUUUAAUAGAAAAUUAAAUAUACUUUUACUGUU